AUGUAUACACUUGAUAUUUCACAUUCAAAUUCAUUAGAUUACACAGAGGAAGAUUCCAUAAGUGGAAUUCGUAGAAUGUUACUCAUUGAAGAACAACAUCAAAAUGAUCUAGUUCAUGUUGAUUUUAAUAGUGUUAAAACAUUUCCAUUCAAUCAAUUGAAAAGUAUUCAAGAAGAUUCAGUUUUUAAAGAGAAAUCAUAUAAUAAUACAAUGUGUAUUGAUAGUAUGUUUGGAGUUUUGGUGUUUGCUAUGAAUGGUAAUUUUGAAAAUAACAAAAUUUCUCAAUUAUCUCUAUCUUUGGAAAGUAUUAUUGAUAUUUAUUUGGGAAAUAUUAAAUAUUGGGAUGAUUCUAGAAUUGUAAAUGAAAAUCCAAACAUAAUUUUACCAUCAAAUCAAUUAAUUUCUGUACUUUCAAGAUCUUCAACAAGUGGAACAAGUUUAAAUUUGUUAAAUUAUUUGGCAACACUUUCAUCAGAUUUUAAUCAAAAGUUUAAUUUUCUACUUUCAAAUCCAACUUCCAAAAUUAGAAAUCUCAAUUUAACUUCAUUAACAACCAAUUCAAAUUUACUCAUUCCAACAAAUAAGGACAUGUUAGAAUACUUGAAAAAUAUGAAAGGUUCAUUUGGAUAUACAAGUUUAAAUGUUUAUUCAAGUUUAACAAGUGAACAAAAAAGUAAUGUCAUUCUCAUUAAUUUAAUUAUUAAUGGAAAGUCAAUUGUACCAUCUUUGGAUAAUGCAAAGAAUACUAUUUCUAAAUUUGCUUCUUCUACUUUUAAAUCAAGUGAUAUUUAUUCACAAUCAUUGUCAAUUUCAAAAUCUAAUGAAAAUCACUAUCCACUCAUUACAUGUAUAUUUUGGUGUUUUAGACAAUAUCAAUCAUUGAGUGAAGAUGGUGUUGCAUUACUUCAAUUCUUUACAAAUUCAUACAAGUAUUUACAGAGCUCCACUCCAGUUACUACUACUACUACUACUACUUUAGAAACAACCAGUACUGCUACGACAACUGAUAUGAUCAUGACAACUAGUUCAUCAGUUAAGAAUGCACUCAGAAUGUAUUUCAAGAGACAACAAUCAACUUCAGAGGGAAGUUUGAGUGGUGUUAUUGCACUUCCAUCAUGGCUCUCAUCCAACAAUUUGAAAAUUAUUGAACAAACUUUAAUGUGUGAAAAAAAGUUGUGUUCCACCAUUCCAAAACCAACCAAUGAGUAUGUUACUCUAUUCCUCCAAAUUGCUCUCCCACUCUUAAUUGUAAUGGGAUGUUGUGUUAUGAUUUUAUUGAUUGGUAUUGCAAUUUAUUGUAUUAGAAAGAGAAGAUUUAAAUCACCUUCUCAACUCAAUCAACAAUUACUUCAAGAUCAAGAAAUUGAAUAUAUGGAAGAUAGUACAACAGUUGCAUCUACCUAUACAUUUACACCAAAACUCUUUGAAAAGGAACAAUUGAAGAGUACAAUUAGAACUGAAGAAUUAUCGCUUGAUGAACAAAUUGGAAGUGGUUCAUUCUCUGAAGUUUAUAGAGGAAGAUGGUUAGGAGCAACAGUUGCUGUCAAACGUUUCCUUGUCAAUCAUAUUGAAAGUGAUGAAAUAGUUCAAGAUUUUAUUAAGGAAUCUAAACUAAUGUCUAAAUUAAGACAUCCAAAUGUUGUUCAAUUUAUGGGAGUUUGUAUUCAAAUGCCACAUUUAUAUAUGGUAACUGAAUAUUGUGAGAGAGGAAAUUUACAACACAUUCUCAAAGAUAAGAAGAUUAAAAUUUCACUCAGAAAAACAAUUUCAAUGGCAUUGGAUGCUGCACGUGGAAUGUACUAUCUUCAUACAUGUGAAACUCCAAUUAUUCAUAGAGAUUUUAAGAGUGCCAAUUUACUUGUUGAUAAAAAUUGGAGUGUUAAAGUUGGAGAUUUUGGAAUGUCAAGAAUGAUUGAUUCUCAACAACAAAUGACAGUUUGUGGAACAGCUGAAACAUGUGCACCUGAAGUUUUAAAAAGAAGUAUGUAUACAGAAAAGGCAGAUGUCUAUUCAUUUGGUAUUGUACUUUGGGAAAUGUUUACAAGAAGUCAAUUAUAUCCAGGAAUGAAUUUUUAUGAGCUAAGUUCAAGAGUUGUAAAUGAAGGUUUAAGACCAGAUACAACAAGUACAAGAUUUACUGAAGAUCACAUUCCAAAAACUAUUCAAAAUUUAAUGACUGAUUGUUGGGAUGAUGAUCCAGAUCAUAGACCUGAUUUUUCAAUCAUUGUUAAAAAAUUAGAAAAGGAAUUGGAAAUUGAAAAUCAAAAGAAGAAUAAGGAUUAAAAUA